CAAACAGUACAAUAGUAACCCACCGCAGCAAGGUGUUUGGGAAGUGUGCAUCUUUUAUGAUCAUAUUUCAUCUUCCCAGGAAUAUUUGGCUUUUUUUAUCAUUUCCUUUUCAUUUGCAGCGUGCAUUUUUUCAGAUCUGUCCUGAUGACUACCAAAUAAAACCUGCGUGGACGGUGAACACAACACCCUCCCUCUGGACAAGGACUGAUUCGUGACUCCCCGAUUUUAUCAUUCUGGAGGGGAGCGCGUCUACUCUACUUCUCGGUAUUUCGUCACCUCCAGCACUGGAGAGAUGAUCAUCAAUUUCAAUAACCACACGGAUUUUGUGCUUGAGCAGGGCAGGCGAGCAACCAGCCGCACCGACUCCUUCACCAAUAAGUCACCUCUGCCAGGUCUCAAAACUUGUCCCGGAUCGCCGGGGUCGGGUGACACAGACACCCAAAAGUCUGAGGGGAAGCGAAAAUUCACCUCGCCAGAAUCGAAUGCGAAAUCUUCGACCGACUCUAUACUUUUGAACUCUCAAUCGGAGAAAAAGUACCUGGGAGUCAGAGUACGAAUGCCUGUCAGGGAUAUGCUCAGGAAAAUAAGGAUUGCUAAAGGCUUGGAACCUAUCGAAAUCCAGGGAACACCUGGGAAAGCAUCUUCAAAAGCGAUGCCAGGGGAGAAAAGACGAGCCCAUCCACUUGGAGACCGGAAACAUAGGCAGAGCAAGCAGUCCCCCAAAAGCCUGGAGGAUCUUGCCAUGCUCGUCGAAGUCCUGGAAGAAGACCUCAAGGCAAGCAGACCCUACAGGAACCCCAGGGAGUCUCAGGGAGGCAUCUCGCAACCCUACAUCUCUGCCAGCUCCUUCCUCGCGGCUCAGCAGGCCGAGCCCUGGACACAGGAGUUUCCCCAACGUAGCCCCGUCGUGGAGCACAGCUCAGGAAGCAGCUCACCGCCAGCCCCCGCUUACCACCUGGCCACUGACUUCUCCCCAGCCAGCUCCCCGGACGGCUGUGACCUCUUCUCCCCCCUGUCCCACGAGCGGACCCCCGAACCGUCCCCCGGCUAUCCAGGAGGAUUCUAUGCCGAUGGCCCAGAGGACGCGGCGUCCAGUUCCCACCCUAAGGCGGCCUGCUCCCAGAUCAGCUCCGACUACCAGGUGCCAUCCCCCCCGGACCCCGCCUACCACAGCCCCCCGCUACAUUUCGGCGAAAGAUAUUCCGAAAAUCCGCCGGACCAUCUGCCGGGCCUCAGCCCCCCAGUCUCCUACGAACUGCAGCAGGACUGGAACAGUCUGUCCUUUUUCCACUUUCAACUCAAGAGAGAAGAGAGUGUGCUGAGAGGCGUUCCUGACCAGGAGCUGCUGGGAGUGGACAACAGUGGCAGCAUACUGCUUCAUGAUGUGGUCGGUCAAGGGAAAAGAGCCCCGGUCUAUGCCAUUGCUAAGAGGCUGGCAGCAUUAAACAGAUUGGACACUAAAGAUGCUGAGGGAAAGACAGCUCUGCAUUUGGCAGCGCAGAAGAACCAGCAUCUGAUGGUGGCUGAUCUGAUUUCUCUGGGGGCCAGUGUGAACGAAAGGGACAAGUUUGGCAAGACCCCUCUUCACCUGUGUGCAGAAAAUGGAUAUGUCAGGGUGCUGGAGGUGUUGAAAAAUUCCAUUAGUGAUGGGAUAAAUGUGGAAGUUGAAGCUACAGACAACAAUGGACUCACGCCCCUGCACUGCACAGUUCUCGCUCUGAAUGCGACGGUGAAAGAGCUCCAGCACUGCAAGACGCCCAGUGAGGUGAAGUUUCAGACUCUGCGCAAGGAGCAGCUGUACGAAACUCUGGAAUAUUUGUUGCAAAUGGGAGGAAAUCCCUAUGCUCCAGAACACCUCCUGGGCUAUACAGCUGUAAAUCUCGCUGAGGUGGAGAACAAUGUGGAACUCGUCCAUUUUUUUCAGAGGCACUGCUGUAAAUUUGGUGGCAUCGAUAAGGAGGAUUAUGCGUCUCAAACAAUGCUGGAUGUAUCAUGUCAUCUGAGAAGUGUUUACACAAGUAAUGAGGCCUCAGAACUCUUCCGCUGUGCGCUGCUCAGUUGAUGUGAUAACCAAGGGAGGGAAAUCGCAAAGUUUGGAUGCUGGUUAACCCUUUCCUGCGAGUCUGCCUGUGUUGGCAGUCCAGUGACCUGACAGUACACGUCUUUGAAUUGUUAAAGCCUGAACCAUUUCUGGAAACAGAGGUUUGCAUGAGAAGCAGCUCUUGAAACAAGAAUCUAAGUAUAAAGAAUAAUCAUGCCGAGAAAUAGAUCACAGGGAAAUAAUGGUAAAAGAAAAAAAAUAUACAUCCAUUUAACAUUAUUGUCAGCUGGAGAUUUAUUUUUAAAAAACAUGUUUUGAAUCUUUAUUUGUUACAAUCGGAAGAUCGAAAAGAUCCCAAGUAAUUCAUUUGAAAUUAAUCAGUUCCUUUUGUUCUCAGUGUGGUUCAGGUUUCUGGUAAUGCAACCAGAGUUUUAAUAUAGGCUACAACAGUUGAGGUGCUUGGCCCGCACCAGCUGGAAUCUAAAGUUUGAGAAAGCUUGGAUGAACCAACUGUUAAAAGCCAAUGGUUGCCAAUAAACUGGUUUCUGUGAAACUUCCACAGUUUGCUACAUUAAAAUAGCAGUUUGUAAAUACUAAUGUUAUGGAGAAAUGAUGAGUAAUUUCUGAAUUUGUUUGUAUUUCUGGUCGAAUUGAAUAUUCGUUUCACUUUCUAAUGGUUGGCUCUAAGAAUAUUCACAGGCAAAUUAAGUCUGCAGGCCUUGUUACUUUUACUGUAUAUUUCAUGGUACAAUAGUUCUGAACACUGGUGCUUAUUUAGUGAGUUUUGUACUAGUUAAAGAAAUUCAGAAAUAAAUAAUGGGGAGAAACCAGUUUCAUGGUUUUCACUUUCCUCAAUUUGACAUGAGUGAAUAUCAGAAUUGCAACUUGUUUUACAUAUUUUAUCUUUCAAAAGUCAAUAUAUACAGUAACUCCAAUAACAACACUAAAAUUUGUAAUCUACUUGAAUUCUUCAAACAUUUCAUCUGUAUUAAUUUGUUUUACUUUGCUACGUGUAAAAUGCAUGUGUUUUUUAAGCAGGUAAAGAACAUGAAAGACAUCUUAGAACUUAUUUUCUAUCCCUCUUAAUUUUGUUCUUCAUAAAUUGACGGAUGAUCUGUGACCUGCUAAUGUUUGCCGUGUAAAAUAUGAUUGUGCUUGGCGUUUGUUUUAUAUUUUUACAUGUGAACUGUUUGAUUCCACUGUAAAUAAAUAAAGCAAAACUUGCUGCCG